ACUAACCUCUUCAUCUCCCACUUCCCUCUUUCUCUCUUCUUCAAACUUUCUUGCUCGCCUCUGUGGCCCAUUACACCCUUUGCCUAAAUCCCCAAGAUCUCUCUUAAGCUUCUCUCAUGAAGAAGCUGUGCCCUAAUCUGGAUCGCGAGGAUGCGCUCGAGACGGUUCUCGAGGUCCCAAUCCCUGAAGAAAUUUUCACCACCAAGACCGCAACUGCCAGAGCCUGGCAGAACAUGAUGUCCUGGAUGAAGCCAAAUAUUGAUUCCCGAUCAUCCGCGGCGCUCUACGCUCAUGGUGGCCGCAACACGGAGAUCCAACUUUUGUUGGGCGUCGUCGGAGCUCCGUUAAUCCCUUUCCCUAUCAACCCCGAGAGCCAGACUAUCAGUCGUAACAUUAAAGACCUGCAUAUUGAGGCGUCCAUGGCGAAAUACAUAGUUAAACAAUAUGUGGCGGCGGUGGGAGGAGAGCAUGCGUUGAAUUCGAUAGAGAGCAUGUACGCGAUGGGGCAAGUUAGAAUGGGAACGUCGGAGUUUGGCGCAGGAGAAGGGAACGGAAAUGGUGUAAAGAAGAUGGUGAAGGUUAAGAAGGCACAGACACCGGCGGAGAUGGGAGGGUUCGUGGUGUGGCAGAAGCGGCCGGAGCUAUGGUGCUUGGAGCUGGUGGUUUCCGGCUACAAGAUCAGCGCCGGGAGCGACGGCAAUGUGGCAUGGAGGCAAACCCCUUGGCAUCACUCUCAUGCUUCUCGCGGCCCACCCAGACCUCUUAGGCGCUUCCUACAGGGUCUUGAUCCAAGGUCGACGGCCAACCUGUUUAUGAACUCCAUAUGCAUAGGUGAGAAGACAGUGAACAGCGAAGACUGUUUCAUAUUAAAAAUGGAAGCCGAAUCCUCAGCACUUCGAGCAAGAAGUAGCAGCAAUGUAGAGAUAAUACGCCACACUAUGUGGGGCUACUUCAGCCAAAGAACUGGCCUGUUGGUACAACUAGAAGACUCCCACCUACUCAGAAUCAAAUCCUCUGGAAACGACGGCAUAUUCUGGGAAACCACCAUGGAAUCUGUGAUACAAGAUUAUAGAAAUGUAGAUGGCAUAAAGAUAGCACACGCAGGGAAGAGUUGUGUGUCCUUGUUUAGGUUUGGGGAAGGACCGGAAAGCCAUUCGAGGACGAGAAUGGAAGAAGCUUGGGAGAUUGAAGAAGUAGAUUUCAACAUCAAGGGACUGUCCAUGGAUUGCUUUUUGCCUCCUAGCGAUCUGAAGAAAGAGGAAGGGAAAGGGGAACCCGACUGUGGGGUGGUCCAAAGCAAUCCCAAAUUGCCGUUUAAGAUUCGUUCGGCUUCUUUUAGGAUUAGCACUUCAAAAGUGGCAGCAAUUAACGUGGAUGAUUCAAGUCCCAGUGAUAGCGACGACGACCUGUAAAUCUGUCAACCCAAUUUUUCUUCUCUCUUUUUUACCUGUUGUAAAUAGACCGUCAGCUCAUAUGAUACAUGGUCAAAGUUUAGAUGAGCUAUAAAUUUUGAAACUUAAAUUCCUUUACUU